UUGUGUCAAACUAGUGUACUAUUCAACUUUCUCCAUACUUAAAAGGUGCAGUAUUUGUCUAAAUAGACUAGUUAAUUCUUGAUAAAGAUUAGUUGAAGGAAUCUAGAUAAUAAUAUGAGGCUUUAUAUUGUUUUAUUAUUGGGUGAGUUGUGGUAGAAAUGAAUCAUGCGGACACUUUGUGAUGUUUGUGAAAGUGCUGCAGCCAUUCUUUUCUGUGCUGCAGAUGAGGCUGCCCUUUGCCGUGCCUGUGAUGAAAAGGUUCAUGUGUGUAACAAGCUUGCUAGUAGGCAUGUGAGGGUUGGACUUGCUAAGCCCAACGAGGUUCGUCGUUGUGACAUAUGUGAAAAUUCACCUGCAUUCUUUUACUGUGACGUCGAUGGAAGUUCUCUUUGUCUGCAAUGUGACAUGAUGGUACAUGUUGGCAGUAAACGAACACACAGUAGAUAUCUCCUGUUGAGGCAGAAAGUUGAGUUUCCAGGAGACAAGUCUGGGCCUACAGAGGAAUUAGCCAGGAAGACAUUAGAUCCCGGUGAAAAUAAGAGGGAUCAUAGUCACUCACCAAAGCCAAUGGUUAAAGACAAUCAACAAAAUCACAGGGGGUCUCCUAUCCUAAUUUCAGAUGGGAGUGCAGAUGGGCAUGGCAAGAAGGACAAAAUGAUCGACUUGAAUGUGAAGCCAAGUCAUUUUCAUGGUCACGCAUCUAAUCAGGUUAGCCAAUUGUAAUAUAUCUCGGAAUAACUUUGCUAUAUUUCGUCAGUAAUUUCAACUUAAUAUAAUGCAGAAUCUUCACAUUCUCUUUUUUUCGUUUGAAUGCUAAAUAUUUAUCAUCUGAACUAAACUGUCUGAAAACCGAUGAGCCAUUGGUUUAUGUUAUAAAUUAGUGGAGAUGAGUUUCUUCCAGUUUCAUCAAUUCAUGUCCCUUCUUCUACUUCUCCCUUUUAGUAAGUAGAACAGAUGACUUUAUUCGUAAUCUGGAAAUUGAAAACCUUUCCGAACUAGAAGAAGGUUGCUGAAAUGUCUACUGAAGAGAUGUGUUUUUCUCGUUCUUAUGUUUUCUUGUUAAUGUCUCUCUUAAUCUCCUGGCAUCCUAUUCAUGAACAAAUUUGAAUAGAAGGUUCCGGCUUGAAGUUGCAGUUAACACUGUCAAGUCUAUGCCAAACCAACUAGA